AUGAAUUUCACAUAUCACCAUGGAAUACAUUCUGCUUUGUGGAAUCAUAGUCAUGCAAAAGCUGCUGGGGCAAACCAUACUACAGAGAAGGGCCACUACUCCGGGGGAUGCUAUGAGCAACUGUUUGUCUUACCUGAAGUAUUUGUGAUACUCUGUAUUAUAAGCUUACUGGAAAAUAUUUUAGUCAUAGCUGCAAUAUCUAAGAAUAAGAACUUACAUUCUCCUAUGUAUUUUUUUAUCUGCAGCUUGGCUGUUGCUGAUAUGCUGGUGAGUGCUUCUAAUGGCUUUGAAACUGUUGUUAUCACUCUGCUAAACAAUACAAACACGAAUGCACAACGCUUUAUAAUGAACAUUGAUAAUAUCUUGGAUUCUGUGAUUUGCAGCUCCUUGCUUGCCUCUGUAUGCAGUCUGCUAUCCAUAGCUGUGGACAGGUACUUUACUAUAUUCUAUGCACUUCAGUAUCACACUAUUAUAACUGUAAAGAGAGCAAUUCUAAUUAUCACUUGCAUAUGGACAGCUUGCUCAAUAUCAGGUGUGUUGUUCAUAAUAUACUAUGACAGCACCGUUGCAAUCAUUUGCCUUAUAAGCAUUAUCUUUGCUAUGCUGGCACUUAUGGCUUCCCUAUAUGUGCACAUGUUUAUGAUGGCCAGAUUACAUAUAAAGAGGAUUGCAGUUCUGCCUGGGACUGGCUCGCUUAGACAGGUGACGAACAUGAAAGGGGCAAUAACGCUAACCAUUUUAUUGGGAGUAUUUAUAGUUUGCUGGGCACCAUUUAUUCUGCAUCUUAUUUUUUAUAUUUCCUGUCCACAAAACCCUUAUUGUGUUUGUUUCAUGUCUCACUUCAAUGUUUAUCUGAUUCUCAUCAUGUGCAAUUCAGUUAUUGAUCCACUGAUUUAUGCUCUGCGUAGUCAGGAGCUGAGAAAAACCUUUCAAGAAAUGAUGUGUUGUUACUGUAUGGUAGGAACUUGUGAACUUUUAAGCCGUUAUUAA